UCUGAUAUCGUCGACGGCUGCUCCUCUGCCAGGAGAACAGCCAACGACGUCUCAGGGAUUCUAUUACGGCUUGCUGCUGUUCGACUUCGUGUACAUCUCGGUGUUCUCACUCUUUAUCGGCGUCGCUGCAAGCGUUGCAACCAAGAGUUUUUUCCAAAGGUAUCGCGUUUCGCAGUUUCCGCCGUACGAGCUGGGCUUGAUGCUUCUUGGUUGCUACUUGGCGUACGCGGUCGCACAGAUAUUGGACCUCUCGGGUAUUGUCGCGCUGUUCAUUGCCGGCGUCGUUUUCGGCGCACACGGAACCCUAUCGAAAGAGACGCAUAGAGCGGCGGAAAUUGGUUUGGGAGUGUUGUCGCUCGUAAGCGAGUGUCUCGUCUUUUUCUACCUAGGUGUCGUCGCCGUGAUGUACACGCCCGAAUUGCCGAGUUUGCGGCUGCUCAUGGGCUCGUUCCUUCUUAUUUUCCUAGCGCGCGCAGUGCACGUGGUCGCGCUUAGCUUCCUCCUGAACAGUUGUACGCGCACGCGGAGUCUGUGGCGCACGUUUGCAGACCGCGUCUACCAAACUGUGCGACUCCGGUUGCCAGGACACACAGAUUUUGGCCAGAAGUGCCGGCUGACUGGCAUGGUCGACGAAAAUGCCACUGCUACCUCUGCCCAAGGUGGACAAAUUGAUCAUGAUUAAGACUGGUAGUUGUUGGCUUCCGAAAUUCAGAGACGCUUCUGCUUUUGAAAGUGACUGGAUUUUCCUCUAAAACGUAAUGCAGUCUCUUCUUGUUCUUUUAUUCGCGUCUUUUUCUCGUUCGGUUGUGGUUGUUUCCAUUUCCUAGCACUAGGUCUAAAGCCUCCUGAGCGGACGAGGGAACCGCGAUCUAAACAACGACAGUGCAGCUGGAGACGCGCCAGGAUGGCUGUGCCCCUUCACUCUCGCAGCCUCGAUGGCAAGGCAAGUGGGUCGCGUGCUUCAGGGAACGCGAGCAAGUGCUGCAGAGAGGGAAAUGCUGAAUUAUGCAGACUUAGACGAACACUUGAGCGAGACAGCGGCUUUGGCGCAGUCGCAACAUUUGUCGCGGGGCACUGUGUUAUGACCACUAUCGAUAAUUCUCAGUCAUCUUCUAGAAGGAGAGCAUUUAAUCUCACAGUUUUCUAUGUAGGAGCGCUUUGAGAUGAUCAUGUUGCUUGUAGGGAGAAAAUGAAGUGUCGAGCGCUCCUCUAAUUAGGUGGUCUCCGGGUGAGGAGUCCGACAGGCCGCGCGUGCCAGCUGCACUUCUGGCGCAAAACAGCAGUCAGCACUUCGUUCAUCCGUAUGCGCGGAAUAGCUCAAGAUCGACUAGUGCGCCAGCUUCCUCUGCUGCGUCGCGGACGUCACCGUCUGGCUCUACAACUACUGGCACAAGAAGUAGCGCAGAAAGGAGUACUAGCGGGCGUCGCAAUUCCGGAACGGGCUUGGCUGGUGCAGGCCGCUUUCUCAGUUCGCAACUUCCGAGCGUUUUCCAGUCGGUUGCGUCUGCGGGCGAAGCGAUCACUGGACAUGCGUCUUCAUCAUCAUCAAUCGAUUAUUAUUUCGACCCUGACCUCUACGAUCAGGGAGAUCAAGAACAGCUUCUGAAUAAAGAGCUGCCCUGGAAGAGCCAGAUGUUGAUAAUUUUGGCAGGAUUGCGCGGCGCAAUAUCAUUCGCACUCUCGUUGCGGGUCCCAGAUGCCGCCGCACGAGCACAGCUAGUUCCUUGCACCAUAUUUCUCGUGGUCAUCACAACGAUCGGUGUCGGCAGUGUAAUGGAACACUUUGUAGGUGUUCUGGGGUUUCUAGUGGAUGAAGACGACGAGACAACGCGACAACAAAGUAGCUAUCGGCAGAUGCAAGACAACUCAUCGUCUGGCAGUGGUGGCACACGGCGUCCUUCGCUGGGAAAUAGCGUUCAGCCAGGUGGUGCUGCUUCGAGCUCUAGAGGCUUUGAUGGUGUGCCUGGCGGAAGCAGGAGGGUGGCUUCGCAGCAAGGAGUGCAUAACGUUUCCCCAAUCGCCUACGCGGCACAAUAUGCAAGGCCUAGUGGCGCGGGCCGCAAAGACGUGCAGCUUGCGGAGGUGCUGUCUCAGGACAGGAUACACUACGAAAUUCCGGCACAGGAAGAUGCUCAUGCGACCACAGCAGGGUUAGAUUAUGCUCCUGAUAGCGAACACAGGAUAAGUACAGGUCCGGACUUGCAAGGAGGCGUGCUCAUCGAAUAAUGCAGCACAGCGACAUGUGC